AUGAACAUACCCGCUCCUUCACCAAGCGCCGGCGAUUCCCCCCUCAACCCCAACUCCAACGCGACCAACGCUGUUGCCCACAACAUCAAUCAGCAGCAGUAUUACCCCCAACAGCAGCCACAGCCACAGCUCCAAUUUCCCCCUUUGCGACAGCAACAGCACCCCUUACCGCCUCCCCCUCCACCGUCUACUACGGCCGGUCCUCUUUCACCCGCUCAGCAAGCUCUCGCCCACGCACAAUACCAGCAGCUCGUCCUCAUGAACGGAAUGAAUGGCGGUAAUAUGCCUGCGGGCAUGGGCGGCGUGCCUACCCCGGCUGGUCAGCAGGCUGAGCUUAACUACAUUUACGGCAUGGUCGAGGAACUGAGUCGACAGCUUGCUGAAAAUCGGCGCGUUACCGAAGACAUUGUAUCCGGUCUUGGCAGGGUGCGCAGUCGCGCAAGGACUCAGGGAAUGAGCAAUGAGGAAUUAAUUCACAGUGCUGCUGAAGACAUUAAUGCCCAGGACCAGAACCUCGACACUCUAAUCUCGAUUCUUUCCGAGUCACUUGAAAAGGCCAAGUACAGCCGCGACGCUAACGCAACCCUCCUCACGCAAUACGCAACCGUCUUGGCCGCGAUGUUGAAGCAAUUUCACGAAUACAAGGCAAAACACGUCACAGAUGUUGCCUCUUGGCACCGAUCCUACCGCUCACAGUUGGCAGAGGCACGCGCUGAGAAUAGCAGACUAAGAGAGCAAAUUUGGGAAAUGCAAGAGCGUGCCGGCAAGGCUAACGAGCUGCUUCGAACUUUUCGCCGCAAGUAUGACGAGGACGAGGCAAGAUGGGAUCGCCGUGUCGAAGAAGUUGCCGCGCGACAAGAGCUGCGGUUUUGGAAGAGGAUGGCCAUGCCCGAAGUCAGCGACGAAGAUCCCUCCUGGAGCGAUGACGAUGACCUCAUCGACCCUGCCGAGAAGGAACGUUUAAAGGAGCUGGAGCAGAGGGCCGCCCAGGAACAACUUGCCGGCAGCCAGCAGAUGGGCGACGAGUAUUCGCGCCCUCAGUCACCUGAUUCUGGUAUGAUGGGUGGCGUACCGAUGCAAAGAGAUCUGGGAAUCCCAAUGGGCAUGCCUGUGCCGCCACCACGGCCUUCAAGCGCGACGUCGAGUACUGGCUCAUCUGGCCAGUGA